CUGAGAAUUACAACUCAACGUUAUCAAUUUUAAUCACCCGCUAAGAGGGCCCCUGUUCAGCAGUUUUAGGUUUUUUUCCUGAUUCAAUCUUUUCAUUUUCUUGAAUAUUUGGAGCAGAGACCUAUCAUGGACUCUCAAGUAUGGGUUGCUCUUGCUCUCUCACUCGUUGGUGGCUUCAGUACAUCCCUAGGUGCACUUUUUGUGAUUCUCAAUCAAGCUCCUAAUCUGAAGAUGCUUGGGCUUCUACAGGGUUUUGCUGCAGGUCUUAUGCUGAGCAUAUCUUUCUUUGAUUUGGCUCAUAAUGCUAUCAACUCCAUUGGCUUCUUGAAAGGGAACCUUUGGUUCUUUGCAGGGGUCAUUUUCUUUGCUUUUGUCGCCAAUUUCAUCCCAGAACCAACACUUGCUCCCAUUUCAGAUGAGAAAAAUAAAAAGAAAAAUGGGGACGGAGGGGGCAAGGACAUCAUGAAAAAGCAUCGCCGUCAAGUUUUAUUUAGUGGAAUCAUCACAGCAGUAGGCAUAAGCUUGCACAAUUUUCCAGAAGGAAUGGCCGUGUUUCUUGGAUCUAUGAAGGGGCUUCGGGUUGGUAUGAACUUGGCUUUGGCCAUUGCUUUGCACAACAUCCCAGAGGGUGUUGCUGUUGCACUUCCUGUUUAUUUUGCAACACAGAGCAAAUGGCAGGCGUUCAAACUGGCAACACUAUCUGGCUUUGCUGAACCCCUGGGUGUCAUUAUUGUAGCUUUUUUAUUCCCAAGCAGCUUAAAUCCUGAAAUUCUCGAGGGUCUGCUGGGUUCAGUUGGUGGGGUGAUGGCUUUCCUAACCUUGCAUGAAAUGCUUCCAUUGGCAUUUGAUUAUGCGGGGCAGAAGCAAGCCAUCAAGGCUGUGUUCUUUGGAAUGGCCUUCAUGUCUGCAAGGCUAGGGGCAAGGCUUAGGAACUCUGCUCGAGAUCAUUAAAGGAUAUAUGGGUUGGAAGCUAGAGUUGAGGGAUUGUCAAUGUUUUUGAGAGAGAGUUUUACUAAGGCAUGCGUCACCUCAUGAAGUGUAUUACACCUAAUGUUGGAGCCCCUUAGGGCCCCACUUUUGCAACUCUCGAGGUAUAUCGCAGUGACCACUAUAAACCCCAUGAUAUGACCUGCAAGGCUUGAUCAUGGGACAGUGGUAGUUGAAAUAAAUUCAUAUUGUCGAUUGUCAAACUGAGCAGAUUGAGUGACCUGCCCAAAGAUGAGAGUUGGCACCUAUGAUUCGGCUUCGGCUUAUAAGGGGGUUACACUGAGACAUCCUAACCAUCCCAGCUCCAGAAAUGCUCUAGAUCUGUUUUGCCAUCCUUUCUCCCCAGGCUAUCACCUCCUCCACCUAUGGUGAUAUCUUGCUAGCUCAGUGGCUACCAUCUUUCCAAACGCUCCUCAUCACUGUCAUCAACAAUCUUACCAAUCACCAUCCUCCAUCCACACUGUUGAUCUAAAGGUUUUGCAUUAAUGAUAUCUACUUGGAAGAAAAUAGAGAAAGGUGUUAACAGAAUUAAGGGAUUAACAGAACAGAACAAAUUUGAUAGUUU